GCGGAGUAAAAAAUUCAGUCACUGCACAAUAUAAACGCAGCCGGUAACGUAUCCAAAACGCGAAUCCAGCAACCUUCAUCCUGAUUAUGAGUAUGAUUACGACGACAUCAUCAUCUUCUUCUUCUUCUUCUUCACCACUUUAAUCCUUAAUACUCACCUCAUUUCUGUCAAAAUCUUCUACUUAGUAUCUUUGAUUCCGAAAUAACAGAAGAAGCCUGAAGUUACGCUCAUUCCCGCUCAAACACUAGCUACUAGUUUCAGGCCUUCAAUGACACGGCCGAUUUGAAAAUGGCAGAGCUAGGUUUUCAGCAACAGAUGCAAGCCAGAGCUCGAGAAAUCAGCCCGGAUUCCGUCAUUUUGGCAGCCGACUCCAACUUCAGCCUCUUCUCUUCUUCUACUCCCGGCAGUAUUGAUCGUUCUUCUUUGGCAGCUGACACUCGUGACAUUGAGAGCUCUUUCUACCGCGGUCCUCAAACUGAUUUGGCAAGACAUGUCUACAGCGAAGCUUCAGGUGGUACAUCUUCAGAUCCAAACAAACAUUCCAUGCACGAGACUGUCUACCUUCGCAGAAAUGCAAAGGCCAAAGCUAACAAAGCAGAUAAUGGCAUUGCUGAGACAGGGAACACAGAAUUAUCUCUUGAUUUGGCAUCAACCUCCUUCUCUCAGGCUCUUAAAGAAUGUCAAGAUAGGCGGUCCAGAUCCGAAGGUAUAUUAAAAAAAUCAGAUAGGAAAGGAACUGAUUCGCUAGAUACGAAAAACUGUUUCAUUAGUCCUGCACGCUUCUCAUCUCCUCAGUACGGACAUAUGAAGAAACCAGUUAUUACUGAUAGGAGACAUUCUAAUACAAAAGCCCUGCCUAAAAGUAAUGGCAGAACCUUACCUUCCAAGUGGGCUGAUGCCGAGAGGUGGAUCACCAGUCCUAUAUCGAGAGAUAGUGCUGUGAAAUCCAAGAGUGGACCUCUUCGCACUCCUGUUAUUGCUUUAUAUUCUCCAGCAGAGCUUACAUCUGAGGAAGGAAAGUGUGCUCAUUUACAAGCUAGUUCUCCCUCUUCAACUGGAGUGAUGGAUGUAUAUGGUUUAUCAAUUCAAUAUGGGGGUCAUGACAUUGGUGGAACCUUAGUUUCAUGCAAUAAUCUGCCUAUCACAAGGUCAAUUAGUGUCAAUGGAUGCCCUGAACUUUUCUGCUUAUCGUCUUUGUCUGAUUUUCAAGAUGAGAGUGACUCCAAUAAAGUUGUGGAUACCAACAUUUCUCGUAUUGCGUCAAAGGAUAUGGGUCAUAUGGUAACUCAAAUGAUCCCGAAGGGGCGUCACUCAUUAUCUCCAAAAAGAUGCUCAUCACCUCCUACUACAAGAUCAUCCAUCCUACCAAUUACUGAAGUUCAGAGUUUCCAUUCACCGAAAGAAGAUAUCAGGAACGUUUUAGAUGAGCAUGUCACUUUGACAAGGUGGAGAAAGAAACACAGGAUUCGAAUUCCAGGGGCAAGUGUGGAUAUUUUUGAUUAUUGGAAAAGUAAUGCUGCCAUUGGACUGCAUUCUGAUGGCUGGGAUAUUUCAAAAACAGCAAACUCUUUAUCCCAAGUCAAGAGGGAAGAAGCAAGGAUAACUGCCUGGGAGAAUUUGCAGAAGGCAAAAGCGGAGGCAGCAAUCCAAAAAUUUGAGGUGAAACUGCAGAAGAAACGAUCAACAUCCAUGGAUAAGAUCUUGAACAAAUUAAGAUCUGCACAGAAAAAGGCAGCAGAAAUGAGAACCUCGAUGCUGGCAGGUCAGAAUCAAGAAGUUGUAAGAUUCUCUCACAGGGCCUUAACUCUCCGUCGGACUCAUCAUAUGGGUUCAUUUGGUGGCUGCUUUACAUGCCAUGCAUUUUAGUUAUUCUGAUCUAUCUUUGCUUACACAUGGAGCCUAAUUUUGCAGAUCAAUCACAUUUAAGGCAUUGUUG